AUGGAGAUUGAAGCUGGUAUGUUCUCAGUUCCCCAAACAAUCUGCAGUGUUUUGUGUUGCAUGUGUGGAAUUCCCAUGCAACCGAACGCUGCCAACAUGUGUGUCAAGUGUUUAAGCUCCCAAGAGGACAUCACGGAGGGGCUCCAAAAGCAUAUCAAUAUCUUUCACUGCCCUCAGUGCGAGAGUUACUUUCAGCAUCCGAAAACUUGGAUCAAACAUCUUAAACCGGAAUCCGAUGAGCUACUCAAAUUCUGCUUGAAGAUGAUGAAGAAGACCAACAAAGUGAGGAUGGUGGAUGCUCGUUUCAUCUGGACUGAGCCUCACUCCAAGAGGAUUAAGAUCAAUGUCAAGGUUCAGAAGGAGGUUCUGAAUGGGGUGAUUCUUGAACAGUCUUACCUCGUCGAGUAUGUUCAGCUGGAACACUUGUGUGACUCUUGCACCAGGGUGGCGGCUAACCCUGAUCAGUGGGUUGCUGUUGUGCAACUCAGGCAACAUGUUUCGCAUAGGCGAACCUUCUUUUAUUUGGAGCAGCUGAUUCUCAAGCACGGUGCUGCGGCCAGAGCUAUAAGAAUCAAACAGAUGCAUGAGGGCAUUGACUUCUAUUUCUCCAACGAAGACCAUGGUGAGAAGUUUGUGCAAUUUAUAGGGAAAGUAGCUCCUAUAAGGAGCAAGGGUUAUAAUAAGCAACUUGUUUCUCAUGAUACAAAGAGUAACAACUACAACUACAGAUAUACUUUUUCUGUUGAAAUUAGCCCCAUUUGCCGUGAGGAUUUAAUAUGUCUGCCUCAUCAUGUUGCUCUAAGUUUGGGAAAUCUUGGCCCAUUGGUGAUUUGCACUAAGGUUACCAAUAGCAUUGUUCUGCUUGAUCCAUUUACCUUGAGGCACUGUUUCUUAGAUGCAAGUCAGUAUUGGAGGGCAUCCUUCAAGUCUUUACUUACUAGUAGACAGCUAGUGGAGUAUGUGGUCCUGGAUGUGGAGGAGGUUGUGCCAUCUGAGGUGGUUACUGUUGGUGGCACGAAAUAUGUUUUAGCUGUUGCCCAAGUGGCUCGUGUGUCAGAUUUUGGAAAGAAUGACACAAUAUUUUCCAUCAAGACUCAUCUUGGCCAUCUUUUAAAUCCUGGUGAUUAUGCUCUUGGUUAUGAUCUAUAUGGGGCUAAUUGUAACGACAUUGAAUUGGACAAAUACAAAGGUGGUGACCUUCCUCAUGCAAUUUUAGUUAAGAAGAGUUAUGUAGAGAAGCGCCUGAAGAAACGUGGGAAGCCUCGUUCAUGGAAGCUUAAAUCACUCAACAUGGAGAUUGAUGAUAAGGGUAGAACUGACCCAGACAAGAUGAGCUCAGAAUAUGAACAAUUCUUAAAUGAUCUGGAAGAAAACCCUGACCUGAGGUUCAACCUAUCACUGUACCAAAAUAUAGAGUUCCAGCCAUCAGAGAUGGCAUCUGUGACUGAUGGGGAAGAGCUACCUUCUGUUCCACUGGAGGAGUUACUGGCUGAUCUUGAGCUGGGUGAGGAUGAAGAUGAGGAGGACUUCAUGAUGGAAUAAACAAUAGCAGCUCUAUCAUAACAGAGAAUUUUAUGAAUCUUGAUAAGUAUUAUUAUGGGAAUCAAAUGUGGAGGCUGAUAAACUUGCUAAGGAAGGCUGCAACAGGGUAGAAGAGCUGUGGUUUUGCUUAGACAAUUUGGUUUAAUUGUGCAGCUGUUCUGAUUCUGUUUUUGAAGUUGCUACUGUACCUUGCUUCUGCCAUAUUGUUGCUGCUGUUUUUCUGGUUCUCCCCUUUGUUGCUGCUGGUUUCCGUGUUGUUUUUGCGGGUUGCAGCAUCUCCAGUUCUGCCCCUAGCUAGUCUUGCUGCAUUUUCGGUGCUGGUUGAAGUAGAGCUACGCUUUUCUUGGUCUCCUUGGCUGUCUAUUGUGUGCUGCUGCUGCUGUAGCUGUCCCAAGUCUGCAUUGCUUCCUUGGCGUGUUUUUUUUCUUUCUGAUCCAGGCUGUUUCAGUAUAGUUUUUAUUGUUGCUGUUUUAUGCUUACUGGAGUUUGUUUUGUUCUCCUUUGGUGGUUUUAUCUUGUUCUUUGUUCUCCUUUCUAUCUAUGUUUUGUACUGUACCAGUAAGUUGGGGUUUUCCUAAUCUUACUCCUUAUUUAUAAUAUUCCUUUUGGUGCCUGA